GAAACCAUUCAACCCCUAGACGGGGGAACAUCUUCCGAUCCAGCAGUUGAACAGACAACCGAGAUGAUGGCCAGCACAACGACGCAAUCGCCGAUGAUAAUUACUGUGACUAGACAGUCUGAUGGAAAAACGGUGGAGGAGACAACUUCUCCCACAAUGACGACAAAUAUCCCUACAACGACGUCCAUCCCCAUUGCCACAACGCCUGCACCUUUUGAAUGCGGCCGCUCUAAAUUCACGUCGAAGUCGAGGAUCAUGGGAGGGACCGAGGCGGCACCUAACGAGUUCCCGUGGAUGGUGCAUUUUCUCAUUUACAAUUACACAAGCGGGAAAUACUUCACGUGUGGAGGCACACUUGUCAGCGACUUACAUAUCCUGAUGUCUUCCUACUGCUUUUUUGACGCGAAUAUGUUUACCGUUAAUAUUGUGAGCAUCACUUUGGGCGCUCAUGACCUCAGCGCCAACAGCAGCGAUCGUUUCCGCCAAAUCGCUCACUGGAGUUCAAUGUCUUCAUACAUUCGAUUAAAUAGCUCAUUAAUGGACAACUAUUGUAGUAUUAUGACCCUUAAAGAUCCAGUUACUAUAAAUGAUUACGUUCAACCGGCAUGUCUGCCGUUCGACGACGAUCCUGAUCACGUGAACGAGCCCGUGGUCCUUACCGGAUGGGGAGACUACAAUGCUUCCGGUUCGAAUUCCGUUUUGCGCAAAACGACUACGACUGUCAUAUCAUCGUCUGGCAGCGAUGGAACGUGCCAACAACAGGCAGGAUUGGGUCCUUUCUCCGGUGACAAUAUUAUCUGCAGCGAUGGAUCUCAACGCUAUUGCUCUGGUGACACUGGAGGGCCGAUGAACUAUUACAACAAGGAAUGUGACAGGUGGUUUGUUAUCGGAAUAACAGGAUGGAUUGAAGACGCUUCCGUCAACUGUCAGAACAGCAACAAGCCCAACCUAAUUACUCGUGUCAGGAGUCAGCUUUUUUCGAUUCUUCUUUUCACGCGCAUAGUUAGUCCCUCGCAAUGCAAAUUAACGAAGACGCCCACGACGGCGACACCCACGAUGACACCUGAAAUUACGGCAGCACCAACAUCAGUGUCAACAACAACAUCAGCGUCAACACCAAACCUUAGACUCUGUGACUCCAGUUUAACAGCAGCCAGUGGGAUCAUUCAACCCCUUGCUGGAUUCUUAACAGAACCUAUUACGUGUUGGAUCACCAUCAACGCACCUUCCGACCAGGUCGUACAAAUAUCUUGCACGGACAUUCAACUCAAAAUUACUUCCAGUCUAUUGAAAUUCGCCGACGAAUCGAACGUUCUUACGUACCAUCCGAUCGUGAACAGAGUUUACACUUCAAAGGGCAGCAGAAUGUUCAUCACCGCUAUUCUCAAUGGAACAGACCGGUUUAGUUGUCAGUGGACGACAGUGGCCGAGUCUGCCAUAACUACAGGCCCAUCUCCCAAGACGACGAUCCCCACAACGGAGCCAUCCAUCUCUAAACCGCCUUUUGAAUGUGGGAGAACCAAAUUCACUUCGUCCUGGAGGAUCGCUGGAGGAACUGAGGCGACGCCCAGCGAGUUCCCGUGGAUGGUUCACUUCAUCCUUCAGAAUAAAACUAGCGGCAACCAAUUUACUUGUGGGGGCACUCUCAUUACCGACCGCCAUGUCCUGUCGGCCGGCCACUGUUUCUAUAAUGCGGAUUACACUUUCGGAGUCCGCAUCUUGAACGUUACCCUGGGCGCUCACGACAUGAGUACCAACAGCAGCGACCGAUUUCGUCAAACGAUCAAGUGGAGUGCCAUCAAGGCCUUGAGCAGUACCGAUAGUCCAAUAGGCAACGGGAUUUGCAUUAUAACUCUCAGCCAACCUGCCAUUCUAAACGAAUUCGUUCGACCGGCGUGUCUACCAUUAAGAGACGAUCCGGAUCACGUGAAUGACAACGUCAUCCUCACCGGAUGGGACGCAAAUUCACGUUCCGUUUUGCGCAAAACGAUUACAACCGUCAUAUCUUCUUCCGGCCCCAAUUCAACGUGCCAACAGCAGGCAGGAGUGGGUCCGUUCUCUGGCGAUAAGGUCAUUUGUAGUGAAGGAUAUCGUCUCUAUUGCAACGACGACGCUGGGGAGCCGAUGAAUUUUUAUAAUCAAGAAUGCGACAGGUGGUUCAUCAUCGGAGUAGCCGGUAAAGGAGACGCUUCUGCGAGCUGCCAGAACAGCAAGAGAACCGACGUGUUCACCCGCGUGAGGAGCCACCUCGACUGGAUCCGUCGUAACACGGGCGUGGAUUCUAGUCCAAUCGAAUGCCAAUCGACUGGAGCAAAGAGUAAACAGACAACACCGAUGAUUAACCCUACAGCUGCGGUAACGGAAAUCCCCACUACAACUGCCCGCAGUCUAACGUCUUUUGAAUGAUGUCGAUCGAAAUUUACGUCGACGUCGAGGAUCGUGGGAGGGAGUGAAGCAAAGCCCAACGAAUUCCCCUGGAUGGUGUACAUCCUCGUUCAGAAUUUCGUGACCAAAAAAGUGUUUCAUUGCGGCGGAACCCUAAUCAGUGAUAGACAUAUCCUGACGACAUCCGACUGCUUUUUUCGAGGCUUUUUUGAAAACCAAUUGUUUGCUGUUGAUAUUUUGAACAUUACCCUGGGCGCUCAUGACUUGAACGCGAACAGCAGCGACAGCUUCCGCCAAAUCGCCCAACGGAAUUCAAUCGCUUCCUAUGUCAUAUUGAAUAAUUCGCUCAGCGCUUAUCUCAGCAUCGUAACCCUUGGCAAUGCUGUUGAGCUAAACGAUUACGUCCAGCCAGCGUGUCUACCGUUCGGAGACGAUCCAGAUCAUGUUGACGAUCCCGUGGUCCUUACCGGAUGGGGUGACUAUGAUGAUGCUGCAAUAAGUCGCAUUUUGCGUAAAACCACUACGACGGUCAUAUCUUCAACUGGAAGCAAUGAGCAAUGCCAACAAGAAGCCGGCAUAGGCCCGUUCUCCGGUGAAAAAAUCAUUUGCGGCGACGGAUCACAACACCGUCGCUUUUGCAGUGGCGAUGUCGGGGGACCGAUGAACUACUACAAUAAGGAGUGCGGAAGGUGGUUUGUGAUUGCAAUAGCCAGUAAGAGCGACAUAUCUGCCGACUGUGAGAGCAAGAACAGCAAGCCCAACGUUUUCAUUCGAGUCAGGAGUCAAUUAAAUAUGAUUCCUGAUGCGGGCGUAGUUCCUCCAAUUGCAUGUCGAUCAUCGGCUGCCAAAAUGACGAAAUUUGAACGGAAAUUACAGAUACCCGAAGCCAGCGAUUUAAUAACGACUAUUAGGCAGUCUAAUGGGAAGACCAUAUCAAUGAUGACGUUGACAAACCCCGGCAUACCCACAUUUUAAUAAUUAGAAUAAGGAGAAUCCCACUUAUAAUUUCCUGUCAGCUAUCUUAAUUUCUACAUUUUUAAUUUUAAUUUUUUCUACGACGGUGUUUAUAUUGGACAAUGCAAUUUGGUAAGACCACUACUUUUCAAUAUUUUGAAUGAACUUACUUGUCAUUUCGCCUACUUGGACAUAUCAUACAUUUUAUCGUCUCUUCCAUAAUUUACUCUUACGCAAUUUCAUCCCAGUGUGAUAGCCAAUGAGGCUUGCGCGACUUACGGCAUUCAAAUUUAGUUGCGCCAUUUUAGUAAGUAUGCUUGCUGUUGAGACAUUGGACUAUUUACAUUAGACCAAUAUCGAAAAAGACUUGCUACAUUGCUGUCCGACGAUUGGGAAUAUGAUGUAAAUAAAUUCAAUUCAAAUCAGACACUAUAUCGCAGACAUAGAAAUUAUACAGUGCAUUCUCCCAAGAUAAACAAUCGUAUGAAAUGCAAAACCCCACGAGACAUUCAAUCCUACCGAGUAU